AUACUGUGAGAUAAUGUAAAAGAUUUAAAGAAGAAACACGCCUAGGUAGUGAGAAUAAUGCAUUAAAUCACAGAAAGUCCUGACAUACGCAUCCCAUUGCCAAUUAUUUUCUACACAAAGAAAGUCUUUGCAGUAACGAAAUUAUGACUCCACAGCCCUGACAUAAAUAACUGAAUAAAGAUACAUCUAGUAAUUUCCAUGGAAUCUAAAAAUUUCAAUAAUUCCAAUAGCUUUCAAGCUUCGACUGAAUGCUGCAGUAGCAAUACAUAAAAUUGCAAAAUCGCGCAAGGCUCACGCGCCGCGCACAAAGUAGAAAUGAAGUCGCCAGGGGUUUUGCGCCGGUUUUUAAAGUAGAGUCAGUGAAUGUAUCAAAGCAGAGGUCAAAAUGAACUAUAUUUUACAGUCAGGGAGCGCUGAACCGAAUCACAGUGGUUUUACAGUUGAAAAGCAUUUUGACGUCGGUUGUGGCGAGAUCAAUUUCUCUCAUGACAUUUUUGAACUGUACCGGUCAUUGCCAACUACUCAAAAAUUACUGUAAUAUCAAAAAGUAAUGGAAGAUCAAAAUGAAGAAUUACUGAGAGAAUCUGCUUGUAUUGGUAAUUUAGAUGAGAUAGAUAAUCUGCUGUCGGCGGGCGUUGACAUAAAUUCGAAAAAUGGAGUGAAUGGAUGGACAGCACUACACUGGGCAUCGAAACGAGGUCAUCUUCAGGCCGUGAAAAAGCUGAUGGAUUGUGGGGCAGAUAAAACAAUACAAAACGGAGACGGGCAAAUUCCAGCAGACUUGACAUCAAAUAACAGUGUCAGAGCAGUUUUAGGAGCACCCCCAGUAGAAGGCAGAGACAGUAAUAACGAGAAAUCAUCAUUUAAACCAAAUUAUCUAGCUAAUCCAGAAUUCUUGUACACAAAAUCAAAUCAUGUCGAUAUAAGUGAUGCAUCAAAAGAUACUCACCUCGGUCACCAAGGCUUUAUAUUUCAGCCUUCUCACGUUACCUGCACAGUUGGAACCCAAUGGUCACCAGCAGGACUAGUAAUUAACCCGGAUUAUAUCAUUCUCUGUGUCCGACUGGCAAACAUGCUGAAAAGCAAUAGUGAUUUCACAGAGGUUGCUAUAGAUCGAAAGGCUGCUCCCUCUUUGGAAAAGCUAACAGAGAUUUUAUGUGACAGCAUAGACCUGGGAAUAAAACCGGAACAUGUCCAUAAGAUCAGAAAAUUACCUCACACCGUGCUGAGGAGUGAUAAAGACGUUUUGAGACUGACAGACUAUCAAACUUUGGAGGUAGUCUUGCAGCCACAUAUACUACAUCCUAUCGAUGGUGCAAUUGUUGCAAGCGAGAGUGCCUUCGGUCAACAACCAGAUACAAAAUAUUUAAAAGAACAAGUUUCAAAACUUGUGUAUUAGUAACUGAUCUCAUUUUUUAUAAUGAGAUAUACUGGUA